CCAAGAAUAUAAUAAUAACUACUCUUGAUAUAGUGCCUUAUGGUCAAACACCACCCAAUGUCAAUCCCAAUGACUUUAUUAUGCAUGUUCAUCCCAGUCUUCAACAGGCACCGCCACCUAACUUUCAACUUUCUAACUGUCAAGGAAGAAAGAGAGCCUUAUUGAUCGGCAUUAACUAUUUUGGCACUUCGGCAGAAUUAAAAGGCUGCAUUAACGACGUUCAUAACAUCAAGGAUUUCCUUAUUACACUGUAUAAUUUUCGAUUGGAAGAUAUGGUUAUUUUAACAGAUGAUCAACAAAACCCUCAGAAUAUUCCAACAAAGCAGAAUAUGAUCAGAGCUAUGCAAUGGUUAGUGCAUGAUGCUCGACCUAACGAUUCAUUCUUUUUCCAUUUCAGUGGACAUGGUGGCAGAAUGAAAGACUAUGACGGAGAUGAAGAUGAUGGGUAUGAUGAGACAAUCUAUCCAGUAGACCAUGCCAUCUAUGGACAAAUUGUAGACGAUAUGAUGCACGAUAUCAUGGUUCGUCCACUUCCACCGGGUUGUAGAUUGACUUGCAUCUUUGACAGUUGUCAUUCGGGCACAGCGCUCGAUUUGCCUUAUAUCUAUUCGACACAAGGAACUCUAAAGGAAAGCAGCUUAUUCAAGGAUGCAGGCAAUAGCUUAAAGAGUGCAGGGUUGGCUUAUAUAUCAGGUAAUCCAGCAAGAGCCAUGUCUUCAGUCAUGUCAAUCGGUUCCAAAAUCAUGAGUGGUGGUCUUGGAGGAAAAGCAGCCAGUGUUAAAAAACAGAAAUCGUCCCCUGCUGAUGUUAUCAUGUUCUCUGGCUGUAAGGACUCUCAAACCUCUGCAGAUGCUUUUGAAAAUGGUCGCAGUACAGGUGCAAUGAGCCAUGCCUUUACGACUGCCCUAAGAGCAAAUAGAAAUCAAACCUAUCUUCAAUUGCUCAACUCUGUUCGUGUCAUCUUACGAGAAAAAUAUUCUCAACGACCUCAGCUCUCUUCUUCUCAUCCAAUAGAUGUCAACUUGCUUUUUAUGAUCUAACCGUGUAAUAAAGAGUCUGAUGACACCAUAGCUAAGACAUAGAUGCGUACAGUUAAAUUAUCCAAUAGCGCUUUGUGAUCCACACUUAAGAAGGGG